GUUGGGCCGUUUGUUUUACAGUAUAGUGCUGUAAGCCCGCCACGGUUCAGCCGUAAACCUGGCGUCCCCUGAUUAACGGACCACCCACACCCGCGGGGUCGCUUCAUGCUCCCGCUCUAAGCCCCUAAACUUUGCACUCCACAUCUUUAGAGACAUUAGAUACCGCAUACAGCAGAGUAUAUAUCUCCACAGGGGAAGCGAACCCGCGGAUCGCAGAAUCCUUCUCGUACUUCUAGUAUCAAUGUCGUCUCCACAGGACCACGGUACUGUAGUCGAAAGCUCUUCGAGUGACUCACCGACUUUGUCGGAUAGUGGAAUUGGGAGUGCGCCAACGAUGCCUCGCAGACCUAUUCCAAGGAAAGGACACACCAAAUCCCGCCGCGGUUGUUUCAACUGCAAAAAAAGAAGAAUCAAAUGUAACGAGAGGCAUCCCGAGUGCAACCAUUGUACCAAGGCGGGAUUGCAGUGCGAGUAUCCAGCAAAUAUCAUUCAAGCAAUGCACCGUUUUCCUACUGCACCACACCCUCAGGAGGGAGGCAAUCUGGGAUCGACGCCAGGCGUCUUUUCCAUGGCAGACAUGCGUUUAUUUCAUCAUUUUCUCAUCACUGCCUACCCGCAUCUCCCAGUGGGAGCCGACAAGAUCUGGAUUACGGCGAUUCCCGGCUUUGCACAUAAUUACGAGUACCUUAUGCAUUCCAUCUUGGCGCUGGCUGCGUCACACCUGGAUGCUGUAACGCAUUCGGGUGUUGCAGAACAAGCCAUACAGCACCGAAUCCUCGCUGUCAAAUCGCUUAAUGAUGCGCUCUCAGUACCCCCAACGACCGCCUGCGAGCGAGAUGCAAGAUUGGCCGCGGCUUUAGUACUUGCUUUCCAAUCAAGUCACCUGCAAGAUGGCAUGGCAGAAUUCAUGACAAUGGUCCGUGGGUGCAACCUGAUCGCAGGUAACAAUAUGAUGUUCAUCGCCGACUCAGUCUUCAACGCGUUCUGCGCGGAUUCCCACCUCGAGAGAAUGCAGAAGCGUAUCGGAACAUCGAGGGUGAGCUGCUUCAACCGCGAUGAUCUCGACAUGGCAUCAUUAUCCCUCGACCUUGUUCAGACCUUGAACAUGUCCGACUGGGAGCGGUCAUACUGUGAGUUGCUAGUAUGCACAAUCACCCAUGCGUAUGACCGCCCACCAGAGACAUACCAAACCUUCGUUAUGCUCUACAACACACCUUCCAAGUGGACUCAUGAUGAGUUCCAAGCCUUCAUCGAUCCCAACAACAGUGUUGCGCAGAUUCUGUUGGCUCAUUUCAUCGCGGUUCAAGCUGUCCUUACACCAAUUCUCUACCUCGAGAGAGUGGGCUUUGAGGGCGUGCAUGCCCCUACUGCCGUGCUGGGCUGGAUCGAAGGAAUAUACUGGAACAUACCGUGUCGCAUGAGGCAUCACGUUGAUUGGCCCAGACAAGUAUCGCGGUAUCCUUUUACGCGAUUCAUGGGACAGGAGGAGGUAGAAUAUUGCGACGUAGAUCCCCUUCUGGUGUAAAUUUGUCGGCGGGUUACACUUUGAGUGGUCUCUUUUCGUUACUCGUUGUCGAGCCUGUGAACCAUUUAUGCAUUACGACCUUCAUGUACUACUAAGAUACCCGCAAUCGCUUUGUAGCUUCUAC